AUGUCCUUCCGGCCGAUGUUGCACCAGCGGGCUGUGGCUCCGAUCGCAGCCACUCUCCUCGCAGGAGGCAUUGCUUUGUACCCCAAGCAGACGGCAUUUGCUGAAGGGUCCCGAGACAACCGCAAACCUAUCUACGAUGACUUCCCUGCCGAUCUCCCCGAACCCUCCAAGCCUGCCGCGCCCGUCGCUGCGGCCGUUGCUGCUCCCGCGGCCAUCGAAGCCCCCAAGCUGGUCUCCGCACCGGCCGCGCAACAAGCCCCCUCUUCGCCCACCCCGACAGACAUCCUGACCGCACAGGUCCGAAAAGCCCGCCUCUUCCUCUACUCACACUCUCUUUCCGCCGAGCAGGGCUUCAACAAGUUCCUCUCCAAGGCGCUUAACAUUGAAAACUGCUUCACCAACACCGUCGCGUCUCUCGCACCCUCCCCCGAAUCCGGUGAGCGCCUUCUCCCCGGUGGUGUCUACGUCGUUGUGGCUGCCAUGGCCGGCUCCAUCGUUUCGCGCAACCGCGGUAUCUUCCUCCGCAGUGCGUCCCCACUCGCAUUCGGUACCGCUGCCGCCUACAGCCUUCUGCCCGUGACGAUGCGCAACGUUGGCGACCUGGUGUGGGAGUACGAGAAGAAGGUCCCCGCCGUUGCGGACCAGCACUUGGCUGCCCGUGAGCGCGCAGAGCACAUCUGGUACACUGGACUUGCGCACAGCGCAAUGGCACGCCAGAUGAUGGAGGAGAAGAUCGGUGACACCCGUAAGAAGCUGGAGGAGCUGGUCAGCAAGGGCCACUGA